AUGCACAAGCAGUUCGUUCACAAGAAGGACGUGGCGGCCCACCUGUGCGACCACUGCGGCAAGCCUUUCACGCACCGUCACUCCAACAUCGCCGUAUAUAACCAAAACGCGAGGCAGCCAUAUCACGCCCUCCCUCCCGCGUUCCAUGCCCGUCUUAACCGCGCGGCCGAAUUCCACUAUAAUCGCGCCGUCUCUCUCCCCCGUCGCCACAUGCCGUAUCACGCCCUCUCCCUCCCGCGUUCCAUUGCCUGCCUUAAGCGCGCGGCCGCGUUAAUCACGCCGUCUCCCUCCCCCGUCGCCACAUGCCAACCGAAACGCGAGCCAACCGUAUCGCGCCCUCUCGCCCCUACGCCCCAGAACCUCGCCCAAGCCGCGCGGCUGUGUUCAACUAUAUCAUCGCGCCGUCUCUCUCCCCCGCCGCCACAUGCCGUAUCACGCCCUCUCCCUCGCGCGUUCCAGAACCAGGCCAAGCUGCGCGCCCACGUGACGGCGCUGCACUCGCUCGAGGCGCCGUACCGCUGCGCCGCGUGCCCGGCCCGCUUCAGCUGGCACUCGUGCCUCUCCCGCCACGUGAAGAAGGUGCACCGCAGGCCGGAGGUGGAGCAGAAC